AUGGGUAGACCAAAGGUUUUAUUAGUUCUUUAUGCUGGUGGGAAGCAUGCUCAAGAAGAAAAGAAGUUGUUGGGUGCUAUUGAAAACGAAUUGGGUAUUCGUCAAUUCAUUGAAGACCACGGUUACGACUUGGUUGCAACUACUGACAAGGACAAAGUUGACUCUGCAUUUGACUCCAACUUGGAAGAUGCUGAGAUUGUCAUUACAACCCCUUUCUACCCAGCCUACUUGACUAAAGAAAGAAUCGCUAAGGCUCCAAAGUUGAAGGUUGCUGUCACUGCCGGUGUUGGUUCUGACCAUGUUGACUUGAACGCUGCCAAUGAAAGAGGUAUUGCAGUUUUGGAAGUCACUGGAUCCAAUGUUCAAUCAGUCGCUGAACAUGCUGUCAUGACCAUGCUUGUUUUGAUUAGAAACUACAACAUUGGACACUUGCAAGCUACUUCAGGUGGUUGGGAUGUUGCUGCUGUUGCCAAACAAGAGUACGACUUGGAAGGUAAAGUUGUUGCUACUGUUGGUGCUGGAAGAAUUGGAUACCGUGUAUUGGAAAGAUUGGUUCCAUUCAAUGUCAAAAAAUUGUUGUACUACGACUACCAACCAUUGCCAGCUGAAGCAGAAGAAAAAUUAAAUAAAGCAUCAAAAUUAUACAACAACGUUGACACCAUUGUUGAAAAAGUAGAUAGUUUAGAAGCUUUGGUUUCCGAGGCUGAUAUUGUCACCAUCAAUUGUCCGUUGCACGAAAAGACAAAAGGUUUGUUUGAUAAAGCUUUAAUCUCCAAAAUGAAGAAAGGUGCUUACUUAGUUGACACUGCCAGGGGUGCUAUCUGUGAUGCUGAUGCUGUUGUAGAAGCUUUGGAAUCAGGCCACCUUGGUGGAUAUGGUGGCGAUGUCUGGAACGUUCAACCUGCACCAAAGGAUCACCCAUGGAGAAAGAUGCACAAUCCAUACGGUCCAGAAUACGGUAAUGCCAUGACCAUUCACGUCUCGGGUACUUCAUUGGAUGCUCAAGCUAGAUACGCUGCUGGUGUUAAGCAAAUCUUGACUCAAUACUUUGACAAGACCUACAAUUACAGACCACAAGAUGUCAUUUGUAUCGAUGGUCACUAUGCUACUAAAGCUUAUGGUCAACGUGACGAUGCUAAGAAAGUCCCAAAGUAA